AUGGAAGACCUUCGUUCUCCUUCUCAAGUACAACCUGCCUCCACUAAAAGUCGUGGACCGACACCUGCAAUACCCAAGCUACGUGACAGCUGUCAUCCCUGUGCUGCCUCCAAGUUGAAAUGCAACAAGGAAAAGCCAAUAUGUGCACGUUGCGCAAAGCGUGGAAUAACUUGUGAAUACUUGGCCACGAAACGUGGAGGAAGGAAACAUACCAAUAGAAAUACAAACACCACCACGGAUAGCAACCGGGCACCGCCAGGCAACAUUGCACCACCGCCACCACAACCCUUGAAGGUGACUCAAUUUAUGCCUCCAAAGACUACCUGGUUUCCAGCUGCAAGUAGUAUUCCUAGUACAAUCGCGCAUGGAUCCCCCAUUCUCAUCCAGAAUUCUCCACGACCAGCAGGCCUAAUUAUUGACAUCCCUCCGCCUAUGUUAUCACCUGUGAAUCAUCCCAUGUCUGGUACCAUGGCCGAUUUAACCACCGACCUUGAUGAAUUCUUUGCCACACCUAACUCAUUUUCUAUCCCAGAAUUAAGCGAUAAUGAUAUUCUAGGCCAGUCACACUUCUUCCAGACUUCUAUUGAGAGCAGCACAGGCAGCAACAUUACAUCUAGUAAUAGCUGUGAAAAUCUAUUUGAGACGUUCCAUUUAUUUCAGGAUGGCAUCCCAGAUUUUCCGGUGUUCUCUAAGCCGAGUUCAAUUUCAGAUACUCAAGGCUCGCCAGCCGAUGCCCAAAGAAGCGACAACAGCACGCGGGGAACAGACAACCUCUGCUGUUGCUUGGUGCGAGCUCUUGGUCUCAUGAAACAACUAUUUCCAAACCCAACAUCCAAUUUUACAUCGGCUAUGGAAGAGGUUGAUCAACAACAACCACAACAACAACAGCAAUCAAAUAUUUCGCCGCCGAGUAUCCAAACAGUCAUAUCCAAAAAUCAGGAUACUAUUGCAGCCAUUAUACUCGGCUGGUAUGCAGCAGCCGCUGCGCCCAAGUCCGCUGCUUCAGACCAUGACAACUUGGCAACAGUAAAAUCGUGGGAAAUUACCGGCUCGAAGGCGCUGACGCAGAUCGCAUGGUAG